AUAAACAAUUAAGUGCAAAGUAAUGAAGUAAAAUAUGAGAGUAUAUAAAAAUAGUCUUUUAAUUAAAUUUUUUUAUCUAAUAUUUCACCCAAGUUCUUUAGUGAUGUGAAUAACACAAGUUGAGUGUUUAAAUACAAACUUGGAAAGAAAAAAAUUAUAUAUAGAUAUAAAAGAAUAUUGUCACUAAUCAGAGAAUGGAAGAAACGAUUCACGUUGACGGGAUUUCGAACUUGGAGAUAGUUCAACAGCGGGUGUCGGCAGCUAAUGAGAAUGAUUCAACAACAGCGGCAACUCACGUUGUGCCAUUAGUAUACAUUCAGCCUAACAAGGUACAACAUACAAGUCCUCUGAAUCAGCAGAUAUCAACCUCCGCUCUACAGAUAGUAAACUCGUCAACUUCUACUGCAGCGAUUAUUAAUCCUAUUAAUGCUCCGAUUACUGCUCAAAAUAAAGUAUUUAUACAAGGCCCACAUACCAUUAGUUUAUCAAGUAAGCAACAUUAUGUAAUAAGGCAACCUAUAACAGCUAGUGUUGUAACAACAGCCCCAACUUCUGCUCAAGUACAAAAGCACAUAUUAGUGAGAAAGACUGCACACAUUUUACCGUUGAAUAAAACUCCUUCGCCACCGCCUCAGCAGUCAUCACUACCGCCAGUUUCACCAACUAAUCAUAUAAAUAAUCUUCAAAGUGGAAAGCAUAAUAAUUUAACAUUUAUUAACACAUAUGAAAAACCCAUUAAGCCUCGGAUGGAUUUUUCAAUGCCCAUACCAACAGUCGCAGCGACAACAGCAGUCACUGGAACUCUAUCAACUAAUCAGGCAGUUGUACCUAAAUCUAAAGUGGUUAUUUCACCGGUACAAACAGCAGGUCAAAUAUCAACAACAGUGUCAGGAUCAACAGUGAAAAAUGUUUCGAAUUUUUUAUUACCAGUAAAUAUUUCACCACCAGGUCUUACUGAGUCUUCGAAGCAAAAUGUAUUCAAUCUUAAAGUGACAAACGGCAAAUUGAAUAAUAGCGUUGAGAUUACUACAACCAGUAACAGUAACUGUAAUAGCAAUACUAGCAAAGGAGCUAUAACAGUAUUACGAGAGUCAUCUAAGUCAUCAUCAUCAAAUAAUCCUCCGCCUCUUCAUCCAAUUACCAAAAUAAAUUUACUGAACAAAAAUGCCGGCAUUAACUUAAAUUCAUCUGCACCACCAUCGCCAUCAACAGAUGGAAUAAAAAUUACGGAAAAUCCAGAUUCAGCUGUUAUCACUCCAAUACCUAAUAAUAAUGAUAACAGUGGUAAUAAAAAUGAUGAGUAUUCUGAAAAAAGAAAAAAAACUGUUAGUAAUAUUUUAUCACGAGGUCCAGUAGCAGUUCCUGAAAAAAGGCCAAAAAAGCAAAACCUUUCGAAGACAAGAGAGUGCCCAGAAGACAAUGAAUUGUAUGACCAAUUAGAUAUUCCACAGUUGCUAGGAAAAAAUUCACGGGAUAAAAAGUCAAGCCAGAAUGAUGAUGAGAUAACAUUGAUAAAAGUUAUCCCAAGUCAAACAGGAAAAUCCAAUAAAAAUAUCAACAAUAAGAGUGAUCGUAGUUCAACAGAAAUUAACUCAGUGGAUGAUGACAUCAAAAUUGAAAUGAUUAAAUCUUCAAGCAAUGUUAACUCAAGUUUAAUGAACGGUGAUAAACAAAACAUUAAGUCCAACAACCAUGCUGAAGAAGUUAAUGGUAAUACUGCUCAAUAUCAUAAUAACAAUAACAACAAUAAUAAUAAUACUAACAAUCAUAAUAAUAAUCAUCGUCAUCCUCACAAUGAUUCAAAUUUUGACGUCACCAAAGCUCUGGAAUGGAAAGACGGUGUAGGAAGCUUACCUGGAAGUACGCUCAAGUUUUGCAUAAACGAGUUUGGGCUGAUGGAAGUCGUAGAUGAUGACAAUUCAAAGCAAGAUAAACACAACAACAUUGGUGAUAAAGAAAAUGUGUGUUUAUCACCACGAAAUUCAUUUAAACCAACAUCAGCGAUCACUAUUACGUCGACUACCACUGAAAAGAAAAAUGAAGAAAAAAAAAGCCGUAAUGCUGUAUCAAGUGACACCUUGUACUGUUGCGAAAAUUGCGGUUGCUAUGGACUAGCUGCUGAAUUUGAUAGUCCAAUAUCAUGUAGUCCAGCCUGUUCUACAGCUAUUGAAGAUAAGAAACAAUUGCAGUUACGUCGCGAAAAGGACGCUAGGGAAUCAAAAAUCAAACGAAAAAAAAAAAAAUUACUUCAAGAAAAACUAACGAAAACUCAACAGUCAGAACAGGCACACGAAGAAUCAGAACAAAAGGAUGAUAAAAAAGAACAAAUUGAAAUUAAAAGUGACCCUUCGCGAUUAACACCAAAAGUAGAAUCUGAUGAUGACACAUCUAUUAAUAAUUUAGAUGAAACAAGUAGGCAAAGCGGCGGUAAUGAAGCUGCAACAGAACCUAAGUAUCCGUGGCAAACGGGGAAACUCGGUUUCUCAUGGGCUAAAUAUUUAGAGUAUACGAAAGCCAAACCAGCGCCAUUAAAACUGUUUAAAGAUCCGUUUCCCUACGGUAAAAAUUUGUUUAAAGUUGGAAUGAAGUUGGAAGGAAUAGAUCCUGAACACCCAUCACGUUACUGUGUUUUAACAGUAUUUGAAGUCGUUGGUUAUCGAAUACGUUUACACUUUGACGGAUAUCCUGAAAAUUUUGACUUUUGGGUAAAUUCCGAUAGUAUUGACAUUUUUCCGGUCGGCUGGUCCGAAAAACAUGGACACCGAUUAAAUCCACCAAAAGGCUAUGUUCCGAGCAAUUUUAAUUGGAACGCUUAUCUCAAAACCUGUAAAGCAACUCCAGCACCCAAAGUAGCUUUUUCAAAUCAUAAAAGUACGACAUUUGCACCAGUUGGAUUCCGCGUUGGAAUGAAGCUAGAAGCAGUAGACAGAAAACAUUCGCCUUCAGUCUGCGUAGCAAGCAUAGCCGGUGUAAUGGACUCACGAAUCCUAGUGCACUUUGAUUCUUGGGAUGAGGUUUAUGACUAUUGGGCUUACCCUAAUUCACCUUAUAUUCAUCCUGUAGGAUGGUGUCAUCAUAAUGGACACAGUCUUACACCUCCAAACAAUUAUAAAGACUCUAAAUCAUUUACCUGGGAUGCAUACUUACGGGAAACACGCUCUGUUGCGGCACCUUCUAGAGCUUUCAAACAAAGAGCCCCACUAGGUUUUAAGCGAGGAAUGAAAUUAGAAGCAGUGGAUAGACGCGUUCCACAAUUAAUUCGAGUGGCAACGAUUGAAGAUGUGAAAGAUCACAUGAUUAAAAUUCGUUUUGAUGGCUGGUCAGAAGUCUAUUCUUACUGGAUUGACGAUGAUUCUCCUGACAUCCAUCCAAUGACUUGGUGUUCAAAAACUGGACAUCCAUUGGAACCUCCUUUGACCCCAGAAUUAUUAAAUGAACGAACUGAGUGUGGUACUCCUGGUUGUCGAGGCGUUGGUCACGUUAAAGGACCUAAAUUCGCUACACAUAAUUCCGCUUCAGGUUGUCCUUACUCUCCUCAAAACUUACAUAAGAUAAGAAUGGUAUCUGAUCGUCUCAAUGUUAAACAUGAGAUUUGUGAUUAUGAUGAAGAUUCAUCAUCACCGACAUCUUAUGACUUUAUACCAAAAACCGAAAAAUUAGAAAAAGUCAGAACGAGUGCUGACCGGUCGGGUAAACACUCACCAAUAAAUCAUUAUAAGUCAUUGAAGUUGGAAAAAGAUAUUAAACCCGAAGACUAUGAAUCUGAUCACCGCCAAGAAACAUCAGAAAGGUCCAAAAAAUUUUCAAAGCACAAUUACAAUAACAGUGAUGCCGGACAAUCUGAGGACGAUGAUGUAGCACCACCACCUUUGAAAAAACGUCGUAAAAAGCGCCAAGUUUCAGAAGAACCAAAUUUUUCUUUACCCGUUACCGAUACAACUGGAAACUUAUGCGGAACUAAUAAUAUUCCGGACAAACAACUUCGCACUGAAAUUCAUCAAUCAGUCUUUAACCCUGGGUACAAUCCUUUACCCGACGCUCCUCAUAUCUGGGCUAAACAUAGUAAUGCUCUGAAUCGAGUAGUCGCUAAACAAAAUACCAAUCCUCGAAGAUGGUCCAAUGAAGAAGUCAUUAAAUUUAUUUCAAAUGUUCCAAAUUGCAAAGAAGUUGGGAGUAUUUUCCGUAAACAUAGUAUCGACGGAGAAGCAUUUUUAAUGUUAACGCAAGAAGAUCUGGUAUCACUUUUGGGUUUACGAUUGGGUCCAGCCAUAAAAUUAUACAACAGUAUUGUGUUAUUACGUCGAAAAGCUACGUGAAGAAAAGAAUGUUUACAAAAUUUUUUUAAUUAUUCUUAUGAGCUUUCAACACGUCAUUAUUAAAAUUUAUGUAUUGCUGUUUAAUCAGUUAAUUAAGUUUACGUAACACGUUGUGAUUGUCAUUCACAUUUUAUUAUUAUUUUUAUUUUAACUGUAUAAAUGUACAUAUUUAUAUAAAUAUAUUCAUAUAAUACAUAGAUUUAAUUAGAUGUAAAAAAUUGUCGCAUAGCAUAAUAAAAAUUUUGUUCAAUAUAUAAAACUGUUAAUUAUUUCUUAACUUAAAUUAAAAAAUAAUUAGUUUAUUAUUAAAACUGUUUGAAAUAAAUGAAACAAACGCAUGCGCACUUGAUCAAUUCUUUCUCUCUGUUGCACAUAUUGAAAGACGUCCUUGAUCGUCAUUGGUCCCUCCCAACCACCUUUCAUCCCUACUUUCUAGCUUGUGUUUUACAUAUCUUGAUGUUAUUCUGAUUCUCUUCAACUCUUCUCAACUCUUCUUGAAGCGUGCUCUACAACACCACUUUACAGCCAUACCAGCAGCAACAGCACAGCAGCAGCAACUAAACACCAAUAUCAUGAGCCAUGCCAAUGUUUACACACUUUACUCACAUACAUAAUGUGUUGUAUUACUAUACUCGUAUAGCAGCCAGUGGAACUCGAACUAACUGUCCCUUGGUGUCCCUACCCAGCUGCCAGUUGCUUCGUUGCUCCCAUGCAGUUAACAGUCACCAGUUGCUGCAAUAAUUAUUUAUAUUAUUUACAAACAUCAGUAUAAGUUUCGUUAAAUUUUAUCAGUGUUUAAUUAUUUUUGACUUAUGUAGUUGUACUUAUUCUUUUUUUUUUUUCAAUAAUAGUGCGCGACUUUAAAAGUGUAACAAAGUUUUGUAUUUAAAAAACUUUUAUUUGUGACAUUACGUCUCUGUAUAUAUUGCGUACGUUGAAAUUUCAAUGACUUAAAUGUAAACAUCUUGAA